GGCACGGCGAGGGGGUCCACUGCUCCUUGACUCAGACCUGCAGCGACUACUCCUGCUCGGGACGCACGUAGACGUAGGAGCCAGUCCCAGACCAAGGCGGCAACCCGAGGCAACAGUUACACUCACUUUUUUUUUUUUUUUUAUUCCAUUUAUUAUAUUUUUUCUUUCAUUUUUUUUAAAAAGACACGACACGUUUUAAAUGCAACGCUGUCUGAUAUAUGAGAAGACGAUGGCAGCCGAGGCGAGGAACGGCGGGAGUUCGCUGAACAACAACAACAACAACAACAACGGCAAGGCCCACCGCCGGAGGAAGCUGCUGGUCGGGGUCGACCUCUUCUGCCUGUUCCUGGCCGGCCUGCCUUUCUUGGUCAUUGAGACCAGCGCCGUUCAGCCCUACCGCCGAGGGUUUUACUGCGAUGACGAGUCCAUCAAGUACCCGGCCAAAAGUGGGGACACCAUUAGCGACGGCGUGCUUAGCGCUGCUGGCAUUCUUAUCACCAUGCUCUCUAUCGUCAUCGGAGAAAGCUACAGGAUCUACUUUCUGAACGAGGGCUCCAAGUCCUUUGUGGGGAACCCAUACAUCUCUGCUCUCUAUAAGCAGGUCGGCGUGUUCGUCUUCGGCUGCGCCAUCAGUCAGUCCUUCACUGACAUUGCCAAAGUGUCGGUGGGCCGCAUGCGCCCGCACUUCCUCGACGUGUGCAAGCCAGACUUCUCCACGAUCAACUGCUCCCUGGGCUACAUCACCGACUACCAGUGUCAGGGGCCAGAGAGCAAAGUUCAAGAGGCCAGGAAGUCUUUCUUCUCUGGACAUGCGUCAUUCUCAAUGUACACCAUGCUUUAUCUAGUGUUUUACCUGCAGUCUCGUUUCACUUGGCACGGAGCCCGCCUGCUGCGCCCUCUGACCCAGUUCACGCUCGUCAUGAUGUCCUUCUACACCGGCUUGUCCCGUGUCUCCGAUCACAAGCACCACCCCACUGAUGUCCUGGCAGGUUUUGUACAGGGAGCCCUGGUGGCCUACUGCAUAGUUUUCUAUGUAUCAGACUUGUUUAAGGCCAAAGGUAGGCGCUCUACACUAUUGCCGACCCCAGUGAAGAAAGACCUUGUCCCUCCUGCGGACAUCAGAGAACGAAGCAACCAUCUCAUCAUGGCAUAGAGAGGACUGCAAACUGACUGUAAAUAAUCCUGACCUGUGCCAUUUGAAAUCACUACUAUAGCCACUGGCCAAUCCUGGAUAAAGUAAACUCCAACAAUCUGGAUAAUGCAGACAAAAAAAAGGAAUCUUGAGAGGAGGCUACGGAAAAAAACAUUCAAGCCAGUUAUGCUCUCUCAAUGGAAAUGAUCAUCUUUUUCCUCAGUCUCACCAGACGUUUUAAUGUGGAAACGAGAAAGAUGUGGGGAUAUUUGUCCCUCUUCUCCCGUUGUGAAAGAGAUCUGCCUCGUAGAUUCCAAUCUGUAAAGGCCUUUUCGUGGACUAAGGCCUGAAUUGAAACAAAACCAGAGAAAUGGCAGCUGCAGAAGAAGCUGUGUGUAGCUUCUUGCCUCAGCUGCAAUCAUACUCAUAUUCCUGCCACUCACUCACUGUGUGAACAAUGCAAGCAACAACAACAAAACAAACAAAUUCCUUGAUUUCGGGAAGGAUUCUGUUUUAGUUUGGGUUUUAAUACAAACACAACCUUCGUACGUACAGUAUGUGUGAUUUAUAGCACUAUCUUAGGUAAACCCAGUACUGUUUGUCGCCACUUCAAUGAACCCUGAAGUGAAGCUUUUGGAAAGCUUCGUAAGCCUUUGUACGCUUUUAUUAUGUCCAUAAUGUAGUGCACAUGAGUUAUUGUAGGUGGAAAGUACAGUGAAGGUUUAAAUGUGGGAUGUGGGCCUCUUUCUGCUGGCCAGGACGAGCCCCCACUGAGCCAUUUAAUGAAAUGACUGUGUUAUAUGUACCAGACGGGUGCUUGCUAGUGUGAGGUCAGUGUGUGUUUGUGUGUGCGUGUGCGUGUGCGUGUGUGUGCGUGUGCGCGUGUCGGGUGUGUCGCUCGUGUGUAUGUCUCCUUUCAGUGUGUUAAUGUCAUGUCUAUAUAUUUCAGUGUUUAUAGCCUGCAAGUGCGCCUCUCUCCAACCAGAGAGCACGCACCUGCUCCAACACACACAUGUAACUCGAGACUGGAACACUGUGGGGGGGGGGGGGUACAGUACAUGUAUUUUACUGUUAUUAAUCAAAGUGAUAAUUCACAUCACUGAGAAAUCCUGUGAUAUACUGUAUCCUAUGUAGACCACGUAUGUUCUUCAAAGCAAGACAGGGACUUAGAGCAGUGGUUGGGUACAGUAGCUUUUCUGUACCAAAGCACAACUUAGCACAACAGUAAAAAAAAAAAAGAAGCUAUUCAUGUAUUAUUUUGGUUCACUUUAACUGCUUAAUAUCUCAUACAGUCUUGAAAAUUAAUACAACAGGGCUGACCCUGAGGCUGUGUUUAACGGACGAAAAUCAUUACAUUGAAUUUUUAAAGCAAUCAUGCUAAUAUUUUUGCAUGAUAAAAAUGAAAUUAACUUUUUAGCAAAAAGAAAAAAACUUAAAACCACUGACUGAAAGCAUCGCCCUUCAGCCUUUAGUCACUGAGAAGAACUUUAAUCCGUCGUUGAUGGGGAAACUAGUUAUUUUCUUCGUGCUUCAUACUAAUCUACCAUGUACAGAAUCAGAAAAUGAUUCAUGCUACCUUACAUGGUGAAAUCCUGUGUUGUGUGUUUUUUGCGUGUGUGUGUGUGUGUGAUCGUGUAUCUUUUGAAGAAACACCCACUAUGACUUUGUGUCAAGACCUGUGUAAAUGUAAAACAUGCUGCUUUAAAGAGACAAAUCUUGGCAGACGUCCUCCUGGUAAAGUUGACAACUGGUGAAUGUUUAAGAAAAGAAAAAAAAGUACAAAGUUCUCAAGGUAGACAGCUUCAGUGCAUUAUUAUAAAAAAAAAAAGCCUUUCAAUAUUUUUGUAAUGCCAUGUGAUAUUUUGUACAAUGAAACUGUAAGACGUAUCAAAGAUAAAGUGUCUUGAAUAAAACAAAAGAUCUAGA